AUGGCAAGCUACCGCUUCCUUGUCCAGAAGCUGUCCAGAUCCUUCGAGGGCUGCGAGUUCCUCCACGUCCCGCGUGCGGAGAAUGAAGCAGCCGACACGCUUGCCAAGAUCGCCUCGUCACGACAAGCCAUCUCGUCCGACGUCUCCCUCGAGCACCUACGCAAGCCGUCCGUCAAGCCAUCGCCGGACUCCGAGUCCAUCCACAUUCCAAACGACCCGGCCGCACCUCAACCUGGCCCGGGGAGUGCUGAACCUGGACCGGGGGCUGCUCAGCUCGACCCGGCCACCAUCGUCCCGGACCCGGCCGUCGCCAUCCUCGACCCGGGGGCUGCUCAACCCGACUCGGGUGCUGCCGACUCGGAACCCACCCUGGUGGCCGUCUUCGCCGUGGUUAUGGCUCCAUCUUGGGCCCUCUCAAUGCCCACGGCCUGA